UCCGGAGCGGUGUUCGGGCGCGGUGGGGGUGUGCGCUGUCCUGGGAGACCCUGCGGGCCGGGCCUUGGCCUUGCGCGGUGCUGCUCGCGGCGGACUUUUCAGCCAAAGGUACCGGUGCGACCUGGAGAGUCGCGGGAAGACGACGAGGCGCUCCUUGGGCGCCCAUUUUGAGGAGAGUAUCUCAGACAUGGUUUUUACACCACUUCAACAACGCACCUAAGUUUUCUUACUGGAUCCCCAUCUUAUGCACAAUGGUAAGCUGCAGCGAGCAGCAAGCUUUAGAGCAAGCUUUGGAUCGUGCAGAGUAUAUAAUUGAAAGUGCUCGUCAGAGACCACCUAAAAGGAAGUACAUAUCUAGUGGAAGAAAGUCUAUAUUUCAAAAACUUUAUGACUUAUAUGUUGAAGAAUGUGAAAAAGAACCUGAAGUUAAGCAGAAAUUAAGAAGAAAUGUGAAUUUGUUGGAGAAACUUGUUAUGCAAGAGUCUCUGUCAUGUUUAGUGGUCAAUCUAUACCCUGGAAAUGAGGGAUACUCUCUGAUGCUCAGGGGAAAAAAUGGAUCGGAUUCUGAGACCAUUCGACUGCCUUAUGAAGAAGGGGAAUUGCUUGAAUACUUAGAUGCAGAAGAAUUGCCUCCUAUUUUGGUUGAUCUCCUUGAAAAAUCUCAGGUUAAUAUUUUUCAUUGUGGAUGUGUCAUAGCAGAAAUACGUGACUAUAGACAGUCCAGCAAUAUGAAAUCUCCUGGCUACCAAAGUAGGCACAUUCUCUUACGUCCAACCAUGCAGACUUUAAUCUGUGAUGUUCAUUCAAUAACAAGUGAUAAUCAUAAAUGGACCCAGGAAGAUAGACUUCUGCUUGAGAGCCAGCUAAUUCUGGCAACAGCCGAGCCAUUGUGCCUUGAUCCUUCUGUAGCGGUGGCCUGCACUGCGAACAGACUGCUCUACAACAGGCAGAAGAUGAACACACGCCCGAUGAAACGGUGCUUCAAGAGGUAUUCCAGGUCCUCUUUGAAUCGGCAACAGGAUCUGUCUCAUUGCCCCCCUCCCCCCCAAUUGAAAUUACUUGAUUUCUUACAAAAAAGAAAGGAAAGGAAAGCAGGUCAGCAUUAUGACCUCAAAAUUUCUAAAGCAGGAAAUUGUGUAGAUAUGUGGAAACGGAGUCCCUGUAAUUUGGCCGUACCUUCUGAAGUGGAUGUGGAAAAAUAUGCCAAAGUAGAAAAAUCUAUCAAAUCUGAUGACUCACAACCAACAGUCUGGCCAGCCCAUGAUGUAAAAGAUGAUUAUGUGUUUGAAUGUGAAGCUGGUAAUCAAUAUCAGAAAACAAGGCUAACUAUCUUACAAUCUGUUGGUGACCCACUUUACUAUGGUAAAAUACAGCCCUGUAAAGCAGAUGAAGAAAGUGACAACCAGAUGUCUCCAUCCCACUCUUCUACAGAUGAUCAUUCUAAUUGGUUUGUUAUUGGGUCAAAGACAGAUGCUGAAAGGGUAGUUAAUCAGUACCAGGAAUUGGUCCAGAAUGAAGCCAAAUGUCCAGUGAAGAUGUCACACUGUUCUAGUGGCUCUGCCAGUCUCAGUCAGCCUUCUCCAGGCAAAGAAACAGAACAGCCCGAGACCGUGUCAGUGCAGUCAUCAGUUUUGGGAAAAGGAGUAAAACAUCGACCACCACCCAUCAAACUUCCUUCGAGCUCAGGAAGUGGUUCCACAGGUAACUAUUUUACAGCACAGCAGGCCAGCAGCUUUCUUCAGUCUCCAACUCCUUCUAAGCCAAGUCUUUCUCGGAAGUCGUCUGUGGAUCUCAGUCAAGUUAGCAUGCUUUCUCCGGCUGCUCUGUCACCCGCCAGCUCAUCACAGAGAACCACGGCCACCCAGGUCAUGGCAAACUCUACUGGACUUAACUUCAUCAAUGUAGUGAGCUCUGUUUGUGGAGCCCAAGCUUUGACGAGUUGUGACACUGGUGCCAUAAGUCCUGCAGAAAUGGCCCUGAGCGGACUUCUGCCCUCAGGGGGUCUGUUACCAAGUGCCUUGCUGAGUGCCAUGCAGACAGCUUCUCCAGCAGGUGUACCAUUUGGUUUAAAAAAUACUUCAAGUCUCAGCCCUUUAAAUCUACUCCAGCUUCCUGGUGGUUCACUCAUUUUUAACACCCUGCAGCCACAGCCGCCGCCGCCGCCGCCACCGCCGCAGCGCUCUCAGUGUGCCCCACAACAGCCUCAGCAGGCAACGUCUUCUAGUCAACAGCCAGGUGGUCAGGGUUCUGAACAAGGUUCAUCUAGUCAAGAACAGGCCUUAACUGCUCAGCAAGCUGCUGUCGUUAACCCUACUGGAAUAGGAGGUUUUGUGCAGCCCCAGGCAGCUGUGUUGUCUCAGCUUGGCUCUGCCGAGAACAGACCUGAGCAAAGCCUUCCUCAGCAGAGAUUCCAGCUCUCCUCUACCUUUCAACAGCAGCAGCAGCAGAUACAACAGUUGCGAUUCUUGCAGCAUCAAAUGGCUAUGGCAGCAGCACAAACAGCUCAGCUACAUCGGCACCGGCACCGGCACACAGGCAGCCAGUCAAAAAGAAAUGCCUCUGUAGGUUUAUCAAGUCUUAUUCUCGGGUUUCAAGUAGGUGUUUGGAAUCCACUAUGCAGCUUCACCUUAAGCACUGGCAUCAUCCCUGCUGUACACGAUUAGAAAACGACUGCAUUGCUUGGAUUAAAAUGUAUCUCCCCAGACAGGCAACAAGCUAGUUGUCACUGUGAGCUGAGCAUGAUGACGUCUGUAGCACUAGCACUUCGUAGGCUGAGGAGGUCCAGCCCGAAAUCUUGAAGAACACAGGGGUGGAAGAUCUACAUUAGGAACUGAAAGAAACACCGCAGCUGUGGAUUCACCUUCGCCUUACUGAUAUGUUAAGGUAUCAUCAAUCUACACAAAGGCAAGACUUUCCAUGUAGAAAGCAUUUUAAAACUACAUUCUUGGCUGGGCAUGGUGGCUCAUGCCUGUAAACCCAGCACUCCAGAGGCUGUGAAUUAGUGCCAGGUCACCCUAGGAUACAGUGAAAGAAGUCUGCUCAAAAAAAAAAAAAAAUUUAAAAGGGGGGGGGAUUACAUUCUUGGACUUUGUAAGUUUCCAAAGCUUAGAUUAAAAAGAAAGUGCUUUUGUAAAGUAUUUACAGAACAUCUCUCUUUUAAAUGUGUGUCAAUCCUCCAAAUCCUUUUCCAUUUUCCUGGUUUCUCUCAAAAUACCUCCGUUUAAGCUGGGUGCGGUGGCACACGCCUUUAAUCCCAGCACUGAGAAGGCAGAGGUAGGAGGAUCACUGAGUUUGAGGCCACCCUGAGACUACAAUAUGAAUUUCAG